AUGUUUGAAGAAGUUAACGAAAAAACGUCAUCAAACAAUGACAAAAAGUCUAAAGACAAUAAUGAACCUCCAUCUUCUCAUUCAAAAUAUGUUACACAUCGAGCAACAUUUGGUCAAAUACGUGUUGAUCAACCAUCUAAAUCUAAACAACGUCAAAUGAUUGAAUCAUUAUGUAAAACUUAUGAUCCGAAAAGUGAACAAAAUCAAACAUUUGAAGCUCAAUUAUGGUCAUUAGUUGAUGAGGACAUUAAUACUGAUGAACAUGAUAUUGAUUUCUAUGGUGUAAUUAAUGCUCAUUAUAGAAAUUUUAGUUUUGAAAAUAAACUUUCAUCACCAAAAGAAGAAAUCACAGAUAAUUAUAUUGAUCAAUUAGCUUUUCCUGAAUUAACAACAAAAAAAUCUGAAAUUAAAUCAACAAAUCUUCAAAAAGAAACAAUAAAAGAUUUGAAAAAUGAAAAAAUGAAUUUUAUUGAUGAACAAUAUUUUGGUACAUUAAAACAAAUUGAAUAUCAAGAUGAACAAAUUAAUAAAAUUCUACCAACAAAACGAAUUGAAAUGUCACCUACAGAUGAACUUAAUUAUAUUGAUCAACUUAUUUUUAGUUCACCAACUUCAACAAAAGAAAUUAAACAAACUCAAACUUCAAUUCCUGAUAAACAAAUAAAUUCAACUACCAUUGAAAAAUCAACGGAUAUUUCAUCAGAUAAACUUCUUGAUAUUAAUUUUCAAUUUCGUAUUUCUACUCCAACUUCAAAACCUUCUAAAAAAUCAUUACCUAAUCUAAAUGAAUCACCAAUGGAUUUAUAUAAUCCAAAACUUGAAUCAAUGCGUAGUAUUAAAUCAAAAGAUUAUUUCGAUCCACCACGUCAAUCAUCUCUUGACAUACAAAAAGAAAAAGAUAUUGAAUCAGAUAAAAAUGCUACACAAUCAGCUGACCAUAUUCGUGAACAAUUAAUAAAGAAAAUUAAUGUUCGUGAUAGUUUAGGUUAUCGAACAUUUGAAAAUCUUAUACCGAAAUGGUGGACAAUGACUAAAGCAGAAAUUGUUGAUAUAUUAAUCAAACAGAUAUGUUUCAUACGACAUGGUAUUCUUGCACUAGAUAAACCAUAUGGACUUCCAACAAUAGAUAAUACUUUAAAUACGAUAUUGAUUCAUUUUUUCUUAAUUGAAAUAUACGUAUUUAUAGCUCAUUUUAUACCACAAAUAAUCGAACGUUUAAAUAGACCUGAGAUAAAACAACUUCAUUUAUUACAUCGACUUGAUAAACAAUCAACUGGCGUUUUACUUAUGGCUUAUACACCAGAAGCUGAAAAACGAUUACGUGAACUUAUGCAACAACGAAAAAUUCUUAAACAAUAUUUAACUAUUGUUCGUGGAAUACCAAAACCACCUGAAGGUGAAAUUAAUAUACCAGUUGUUGAAAGAAAUAUUCGUGGUACAUAUAAAAUGAUGAUUUCACCAGACUAUAAUGAUUUAACAAAGUUAGUUAUGCCUAAAGCUAAACGUGAUCAUAUUAAUAGUUCAACAGCAAUAACAAAAUAUCGUGUAAUUGAUUCGAAUUAUGGAGUUUCAUUAGUAGAAUGUCAACCAGUUACAGGUGUCAAACAUCAAAUUCGUACACAUUUAGCUCAUGCACUUGGAACACCUAUAUUAGGUGAUCAUAAAUAUUCUCAUUAUGCUAAAUUAGCACCACAAAAAUUACCAUUUGCAACAUUAAAAAAAUUAGGUGUACGUCAAGCAAAAGUUCGUACAAUUCCUUUAUGUUUACAUUCAUAUUCAAUUGCCAUACCAAAUUUUCUACAUCAUCAACAGAAUAUAUUUAUUCGUGCUCGUUUAUCACAUCAUUUACGUUAUUUCAUUCAAUGUCUUCGACUACGAAUGAUUAAAUAA